AUGGCAACAGACACAGUGCUUCACAUGAACGGCGGUAUUGGAGAAACGAGCUAUGCAAACAACUCCUUACUUCAGAGAAAGGUGAUGCUGAAAGCGAAGCCCAUUGUGAAAGAGAACAUCACGAGAGUCUACAGAAAGAUUCUUCCAGAUUGUUUGAAUGUUGCAGACUUGGGAUGCUCUUCUGGGCCCAACACAUUGAUGACAGCAUCAGAAAUUAUGGGAAUUAUUCAUGCAGUGAGCUUAAGCUUGAGACUGAAGCCACCUUCGUUCCAGAUUUUCCUCAAUGAUCUUCCCGGAAAUGACUUCAACACAAUUUUUCAGUCCCUUCCUGAUUUCUACGGCAAGCUCCGACAAGACCAAGGAGACAACUUUGGACCUUGUUUUAUUGUCGGGGUUCCUGGGAGUUUCUAUGGAAGGCUUUUCCCAGAUAAUUCCAUCCAUUUCUUCCAUUCAUCUUUCAGUGUCCACUGGCUCUCUCAGGUCCCAAAGGGUUUGGCUAGCAACGGAGGCACAGCAUUAAACAAGGGAGACAUUUAUAUAACAGAUACAAGCCCUCCUGCAGUGAGAAAAGCAUAUUGUGAGCAGUUUCAGGAGGAUUUCAAACUGUUUCUGAAACUUCGUUCAGUGGAAUUGGUACAAGGUGGUGGCAUGGUUCUCACAUUUCGUGGCAGACUUGAGGAUGAAGAUCCAUCAACUAUCUUCAACCUAGUCGGAAUGGUCCUUCAUGAAAUGGCUUUAGAGGGCAGAGUUGAGGAGGCCAAACUGGACAAAUUUGACAUUCCAUAUUAUGGGCCGACGGAGAAGGAAGUGAGGGAGAUGGUUGAAGAAGAAGGAUCGUUUAGUGUAGAAAGAGUGGAGUACAGCAAACUGGGUUGGGAUGCAGAGAUGAAUGAGAGUACUACGACGCCCAUGAAAGCAAAGUUUGUAGGACAGUACAUGAGAGCCGUGACGGAACCUCUUCUGAAGAAGCAGUUUGGGGAUGAAAUCAUGGAGGAAUUGUUCCAGAGGUUCACAAACCAGGUUGGGCAACUCAUGCAGGUGAAGGAGCUCGUUUAUAAUAAUCUCAUCGUUUCCCUCACUAAGAACUGA